AUGAAGCAAGCCCGACAGGAGUUUUAUGCCAAUGUUAUCGAAGAGAACAAAGAUAGCCAGGGAAAGUUAUUUAAAAUUUGCAAGCACCUAUCGAAUCAUUCCAAUGUUCCGACAUUUCCACCCAAUAUUGAUAAUGCAUUGUUUGCUAAUGGUAUCGAUAACUAUUUCGUACAGAAGACAGCUAGAAACAGGCGAAAUUUGGAUGACGUUGACAGCUGCAGUAACGAUAAUCAUGUGCUUGGUCAAACUGGGCAUGCACAGAAUACUCCCUUGAUAAACGAGUUCAAGGAACUGUCCACCUCUGACGUUGCAGCUUUGACAAAAUCUUCAUUAAAGACAUGCUCGCUCGACCCAAUGCUAUCUAUAUUAGUGAGCCAUUGUGAUGCCCUAAUUCCCAUAAUUAUGCAAAUCAUUAACACUUCGUUGCAACUAGCUAGUUUUCCUGUGGAGUGGAAAGAGGCACUGGUUUUACCAUUAUCGAAGAAAUGUGGCUUGCAGUUAAUUUUUAAAAAUUUAGACCUGCAAGUAAUUUGUUAUUUGUGUCUAAGCUGA